GACGUAUACUGACAUGACUACAAACACCAAAUAAAACAUUUAUAAGGGGAUUGUUGCUACUUGAGUAUCCCCGCACACGAUAUAGACGUGAAGGCGUGCGUAAGAAAAGCAAAGACUUAACACAUUGCGUUGGGAGUGGUACUGACGACUUACACCGACCAGGAUCAUCUCCAUCGCACAGCCUAGUAUAUUUCCGACCACAUGCCUGAUAUGAAGCCAAUUACUUGGAUCACUGUUUCAAUGCUUGUUGUUGUGACGACGCGUGGUGGAGAAAACUACUCAUCUUUCAACGAUUGUUCUUAUGCAACAUAUGAGGGGAAGUUGUAUGCUCACUGUGAGGGCCUUGGAUUAAAUAGUACACCGAGGUUCUCUAACGAAGUCAUUGGAGUUAAUUUUGCCAACAACACAUUCGAGCAUGUUCCGGCAAAUCUCCCUAGUUAUAUUUUGUAUCUGAACAUGUCUCAUAAUUAUCUGCAGAAAUUGGACAACACUUCAUUAGCUGGAUACAGCGAGCUAAGAAAUUUCAGUAUUUCAUGCAACAAACUUCAUGAAGUUCAGGCUGGUACUUUUGCGAAAAAUGCGAAACUUCAACACCUAGACGUCUCCAAUAACCAAGUCCUUACCAUUAACGCCAUUUAUAACAUAUCACGUGAUCUGAAAAAUUCCGCAAUCAAAAUCUUAAAUACCGAAAAAUUACAAUGCACUUAUGGAGUUAGUCACAUUAUCAAAAUCUACCAUGUUGCGCAUUUAAAGGACACCCAACUAGAAGAAUUAAAUCUGGCUUCGAACAGAAUACACAGUCUGGAAACGGGCGCAUUGACCUCGCUUCCAAAAUCACUCCGUGUGCUAAACCUGUCAGAUAAUAUACUGAGUUUUGGAUUCUACAUUAUGGAAUUUGCGGUUCUGCAGAAUUUGGAAAUACUUAACAUCAGUUUUCAGCUACAGUUCCAUCAAGCUAUAAUGAAUAUCGAAUUCUUUGAAAAUUGUAAUGACACAUUAAAUCCUUCUAGAAUGGCUGACCCGGACCACAAGAAUGACGACCAUUCAAAAAUCAAAACAUAUUGGAAUGAACUUAUAUCGGAACCUCAUCGAUUCAACUCCUCACUCCAAGGCCUCGCGGGGAACAUCGAGAACUUCACAAUCUACUUCCCUCCAAAUGCACGAGAAAUCUAUUUCCAUGACAAUUUAUACAAAUUUUCAGUCCCCAAGCUUCCCAUCGGUAUGAAUAAUAAGUUGUCGCAUUUGUUUGUUCAAAGAAAUAUUAUCUAUGAGCUUAGAGGACCAAUAACGGGACUGGGGAAUGUAGAGUACAUCGAUUUUUCCGGUAAUUUUUGUGGCUAUUUAGCCAGGGAUAUUUUCAAAGAUUUCCCCAAGCUAAAACAUUUCAAUUUGUCCAACAAUGCACUCGGAGCGUCAUUUGAAGCCGAUGAAAAUGGCCAGAUUUUCUCGCACCAAACUUUGCUGUCAUCUCUUGACUUGUCCUUUAACAGAAUCGGCCGCCUUCCUGAGAAAGUAUUCCAACACAACACACACAUUGCUUACUUGAACAUAAGUUACAACUCCGUCAACAGUUUUAAUGUCCGUAUUGACCAUCUUAAAAACCUUUACUUAUUGGAUAUAUCUUACAAUCAGUUGUCAAGUCUCGGACCAUCAACACGAGAAGCCCUGAAUUUGGUGUCUAGGACUCAUACGGUUCGGGUUAAUUUAAUGGGUAACAAUCUUAAAUGCUCCUGUGAACAUUUCGACUUCCUCAAAUGGAUGCGUAACUCCAAAACAUUGCAAUUCGUAAAUUUUGAAAAUUAUACCUGUGCAUUUGGGAAUUCAUCGGAUUUCUCGUUAAAAAAUAUUGACGAUCUACUGCAGAUCUUGGGGAAACAAUGCUCGUCGUAUGCACUUAUUAUAGUUAUCAUAACGUCGUUGAUCAUCAUCGUUUUGACUUUAACAGUGAGUCGCAUUGUAUAUAGAUACAGAUGGAAGCUCCGCUAUAUGUAUUAUAUCGCCAGAGAAAAAUACCAAGGGAACGCUGACAAAUAUGCUUUGGUGAAAGAGACAUCACAUCGAUUUGACGCUUUCAUUUCAUAUGCUGAUGAAGACAGAAGCGUUGUUUUAAGCCUCGCUAAGGUUCUAGAGAAAGAUUAUGGUUUGAAGUUUUGCUUACAUGAACGAGAUUUUAUUCCCGGAACAGGUAUCGCUGUUAAUAUCACAAACGCCAUUCAUUCCAGCCGCCGAACAGUCUGUUGUAUGACGUCACGCUACAUCGAGUCAUAUUGGUGUAUGUUUGAAUUAAACAUGGCGCGAAUGGAGGCGAUAUAUUCUCGUAAUGGAAAAAAUAUCCUGUUUCUGAUAGCGUUGGAAAAGAACACAAUGAAACAAAUGCCUUUUCAUCUGAUGGAUCUCAUCGAGACCAAGUCGUACCUGGAGUAUCCAAACUGUGACGACGAAAGGAUUGCCUUUCAGUCGAAACUUGGAGAUUUUCUGAGAACUUGUGAUGGCGAAUGAUUUCUUCGAAGAUCGAACCAUCUACACGAUUUUAUAAUUCGUGUAGAAAAAAAAAUUACAUGCCAGAUAUGUCAAGGUAGAGACACAAGGGGUGACGUCACGGAUCGUCUAAAACAUUACUCAUAGAGACACGAGAGGUGAAAAUAGCAUUACUCAUUCGUGUCUAUAAGACAAAGCAGAACGAUAACUCGUAUAAACACGAAGCAUUACAAACAUUUUAUCAGAAGUGUACGUAACACGACGGCGCCAUGAUGAUAAAAGUGAAAAUGUAAUUUGCAGAGCCAGUAGAAUGGCGGGAAGAAUACAUGUAUUUUAUAUUAUCUAUAUACUGUUAUAUUUUAUCUGUAUAAUACUGUUCUAUAUACCAUUAUAUUGUAUCUGUAUAAUACUGUUAUAUAUACCAUUAUAUUGUAUCUGUAUAAUACUGUUCUAUGUACCAUUAUAUUGUAUCUGUAUAAUACUGUUCUAUGUACCAUUAUAUUGUAUCUGUAUAAUACUGUUCUAUGUACCAUUAUAUUGUAUCUGUAUAAUACUGUUCUAUAUACCAUUAUAUUGUAUCUGUAUAAUACUGUUCUAUAUACCAUUAUAUUGUAUCUGUAUAAUACUGUUCUAUGUACCAUUAUAUUGUAUCUGUAUAAUACUGUUCUAUGUACCAUUAUAUUGUAUCUGUAUAAUACUGUUCUAUAUACCAUUAUAUUGUAUCUGUAUAAUACUGUUCUAUAUACCAUUAUAUUGUAUCUGUAUAAUACUGUUGUCUGUAUAUUUAUUUUUUUUCAAGACCACAAUGUGAACUAGAUUUGAUACUAAUUGUGUUAUCUUGUAUAAACAAAGAGCAUUUUUAUUAUCGUUAUCAUCAUCACCAUCAUCAUACCAUUACUUCGAUUUGACAAUGCACCAUCUGUCCUAUUCCCGUAGUACAUAUCAGAAAUAUCAUUUUGGUAUAGUUAUGUAUUACCGUCAUUUUAGUAUAACUAUAUACGACUACUUUCGUUUUGGUUGGGUGAGGCACAUGCACCACUUCUGCCAUGUCGAUAUAUUUGCAUUAAAUUAUUCGGCGUAAUCGAUCGUUUUAGUACCGCAAAUCCUAUUCAUUUACAGAGGGGAAAUGGAAGUUUGAAACAUUUAAAUCAUUUUGACCCCCCUGACCAAUGAAUUUCACAAUUUAAGAGGACAUUACGGACAUCAUAACCAUGCAUUUAAUUUAUCUCACAUGACUGAAAGUACUUUCUUUUUUUUUUUACAUUUUUAUUAUGUGGCCAUAUUGGCCUUCCCAGGGGCCUGAUCCAGGAGCCAUGAAUUUCUUAAUUUAGUCGAGAGCUUCAUGAAGAUUGUCAUAAUCAUGCAUUUAGUUUUUCUUAUAUAUAUAAUUCGUUUAGGGGGGUAAAAGAAAAAUGCAUUGACUUUGAAAACUAUUACAUCACCAGUAUAUCAUCUUUAAACUUCUAAACCAUGAUAAAACAUUAAUCUAAAUAUUCAUCAGUACGGAUUCACAAAUAUCGUAAAAUUAAUUAAAAACCUACUUCCGUUUUCGAUAAACUACCCUGAAAUAGGAAAAAUAAGAGUAAAGUGCCGGUACACGUUUUGGCGGAUCUAAGCCAGUUUUCUACUCCGUUUGUAAAUGACAACUUAAACGAUAUGAAGUAAAUGAUUAAUGAUUAAUCCGUUGUUUAUCGAUGCUUGAUCAUACAGAAGAAAUAUGUUUUAAUAUUUGUUAAAUAAAUAAUUGUUGAAUAGAUAAAAUAUGCCCGUUUUUUUCUUCAAUCCGUUAUUUUUGUCUUGAAUUUCCCUUAUGGAAAUUUCCAGAACGAAGCAGGUCUACCAAUCGCACAAUCUCGGACCUUUCCCGCAAGCCGGUAAGUUGCGAUUGGUUUACAACAUGAUCAGCAUAAAAUUGUGUAGGCGUUCAGUGUUAUUUAUACUUUUAAUAGUUUUGACUUGGCCCAUAUUUAUCAUUUCAUAAUUAAUAUCAUCCCAUUCAACGAAGGACAGGGGCCUCCGUGGCCGAGUGGUUAGAGCAUCGCGCUCAAAAUCACACGGCCUCUCAACUCUGUCGGCGCGGGUUCGAAUCUCGCUCGCGCCGGUAAGUGAGAAGGUUUCCCAGUAUACUUUCGGGAGGUCGGUGGUCUCUUCCCAGAUACAUUCACAUCUGGAUUCUAUCUUCCACCAAUAAAAACUGGGCGCCACCAUAUAACUGAAAAAUUGAUGAGUGUGGCGGAAAACAUCAAUCAAUCAACGAAGGACACCCCCCUCCCGAGACCAACGAUCUGACACAUCAAUAUAUUUUUGAAUACGAUAUUCAUCUAAUUUUUGCAAUGUUCUGAAUUUUCCCCGUGAUUAUAGAAGUCACUAUUUAACGACUUUUUGUAAGAAUGUAUAUGUAUGAACACAUGGAUAAACACAAAAAAGUUUU